GGUUUUGACCUUUUAUCUCGUCGCCCACUGCAAUUUGAAUCCAACAUGUUCUCAUCUGAUAGUCUUCACUAGUAGUGACUUUCGUACCAGUACAUAGCAGAUAGCUUUUUUUUCUGACCCCAGCCCUUCUUUGUAACCUAUUUUCAUUUUUCCAUCAUGAUUUUCAUGAUCCCCAUUCAUAUUUCCACUUUAAUUCUUCAUCUCUUUGCGAGUGCUGCGUACGCGUCAAGCCAACCUUUUUUGGGAGGUUGCCUCAAGUCCAAUCCAGCUCCUGCAAAUUCUCUAGCGAUAACGGCAAUAUCUCCCUCGCAAUGUGUCACGCAAUGUUGGAAUGAACGUGAAGAUACGCGUUACGCGUAUUGGGACUCACGAAGCGAGGAUAAAUGUCUUUGCUCGCCUUUUCCUGCCAACGCUAUAGACUUUACUCUGAGCAAUCAAGCAGAGGCUUUCGAGACAUGUGCCGAAGGGAUUACAAUGUAUGUACGCGCCCCAGAACCUCCGAAUUUCCAGAUAGAAAGAAAAAGGGCAGGGAAGGGCAGACCCGGUGAUGUUAGCUCGAGAGCUGAAGGGUUGUGCCCCUCUCCUUUGACAGCUUGUUCGGUUGCUGGCGAUUCCUCUAUUUAUGAGGUAAAAGUUUUUUUCUUGAUCUCAUGUACCCCGUGAAUGACUAUAAAGGUAGAACCAAUUAUGCUCAUAAACGCUAUUCACAGUGCCUUGACCUGAAUGUUGGUUUGAGUACGUUAUCUCAGCUCUCAGCUAUUAGGUAUUCAAAAGCAA